AUGACAAGUACACCUCGUAUUCCUGAUACCGGGACGCAUGACAAGAAAGAGGAGUCGGGUCGUAUCUCUGCCUUGAUCAAGGAGCGCGUCAGUUCGCAACAGUUAUAUGCUGCAGAUCCAAAGUUCAAGAAGUAUACGUCGCAAGUGGAGAAAUGUUUGAACACGUUCGAUAGUGUGCAUGAAUGGGCGGACUUCAUUGCGUUCCUCAAGCAGCUGCUGAAGACUCUUCAGUCGUAUCAGCACUUCAAGGAGAUUCCGCGCAAACUCGUCGUAUCCAAACGUUUGGCACAAUGUCUGAACCCUGCACUGCCUGCCGGAGUCCACCAGCGAGCAUUAGAUGUCUAUUCCCAUAUCCUGGCCGUUAUUGGGUCCGAUGGCUUGAAGCGUGACCUGCAUCUGUGGUCCUCGGGGCUAUUCCCUUUCUUUGAGUAUGCAUCCACAUCCGUUCGGCCUAUCGUUCUUAACAUUUACGAAGUGCACUAUCUGCCUUUGCAAGAGGGUCUGCGACCAGCAAUGAAGGCCUUCAUAUUGGCUUUGUUACCGGGCUUAGAAGAGGAGACUGGAGAAUUCUUUGACAAGGUCCUUGGCUUACUUGACAGACUUUCAGGGACAAUCUCUCCUGCGUUCCUUUUCCAGAACGUCUGGCUCGUGAUGUUGACAACUCCUGCUGCGCGACUAACAGCCCUCAACUUCGUCUCUCGACGUUUGCCGAAAAUGCAUCCAGACGAAGAUAUAACCCCCAUCGUCGGCCAGGACGUUGGUUUGAUGAUAAGGGCCUUCGCAGCUGCGCUGGAAGACGAGAAUCUUUUAGUUAGGCGCGCUGCCCUUGACCUCUUGUUACAGUCGCUUCGGAUCGAGAGCCGAGCCUUGAAGACAGCCCAAGUGCAAGAUCGUAUCAUUCUCAUGAGAGCUGCUGUAGGGGUUGUACUGCGACGAGAUCUAUCCCUCAACAGGCGGUUCUUCACAUGGGUCUUGAGCUCGGCCGAGCAAAGUCCACAGAUGAUCGAAUUUUUCAAGAAGCACUCGCUCGAUCUUUUAAAGUCUACGUUACUGGAAGAAAUGCGACCUCCAUUACCUGACUAUGCUGAAUCUCGCCCGUUUAAGAUUUUCGUCUCUUUGUUAGACAAAUGGGAAAUCGGCGGGCCGCUGACCGAAGCCAUCGUUUACGAUGCGUUUAUAGCGAUUCGCAGAAUCCUGGAGAUACAACAGGAAGACAGCGACGAUGUACUCAUGACUGCGAGCACUCUUUACGAAGCCAUCGAACCGCACGCUCUCUGGAAGGACCUCCUCAGUCGCAUUUUGUCGGAGAUCAGAAGCGAGGGCCGUUCCUGCGAGGCGAUUAGGAUGGCAGUAUUCGUUCUGAGAACGUUCAAACACGACGAGGAAGUGCUGACAUUUCAUCUGCCGAUGGUGUUUGCAGCGAUCCUUGAGACGACCAAGUCAUUUCUCGCGGAGGACCCAUCUAGGGUCUCGCAAGAGGGCGUGCACGGGUCAAUCUUGCUCUUGGAAGAACUGUCCAAGCAAAUUCCGCCUUUGGCAUUGCGCCAGCGCCCUGAGUUAACCGGUAACACCCUUACGGCUGCGGAGACUCAGGGCCCUAGUACUUUUGCUUGCACAUUUUACGGUAUUGAACCCAGUAACAAGGUGACUAGCGAGAGAACUUCUGCGAGUUUACCGCUGGUCACUGCGUUUGACGACUUCACUCAAGUCAGCAUGAUUGCUGCACGCGCUCUCAUCACGGCAGGCGGCAACCAUGAGCGAGCACAGGCUCUUCUCGAUCGAUCGCUGCAUAUUAUCACUCGUCUCGUCGCCCGAUUCGAUAGCGAUCUGGGGGUGCUCAACUUAACUUGGGUUCCUGAUGAGUGGCUCUCGGUCAUGCUCGAGACGCUGGAGAGCACGACGUUUGUGAUUGUAGAUCGUAUUGUCACCGCAGUGGUGGCAAUCCAUCAGUCUCAAGGGCUCGAACCCAGCAUAUCCAUUGACACCCGACCGCUCAUGUCCAGGAUGGUUAACACGCUCUUCAAGUACCUUCGCCCCAAUAGGACUGCCUAUCAUGUGCGAGCUGUGAACCUCAUUUGGUCUUUGGAGGAUGCUACGUUGCGCCCACAUGUGGAGUCCAUCAUCGCUCAGAACUUGAUGUCACCCGAAUCCCGAAAUAUCCAGGAGGCCUACGAAGCUUUUGGCGUGCUGGUUCUUGACCCGAUUCUGUAUGACCUACUAGAUCCUUCCAUUCGCCGGGUACCCUCUUCGAGCAUGCUAAAUGGCAAAGAGUUACCGAUAUUUCUAUACGAACGCCCAUUCGAUCAAAAUUAUAUAAACCAUGUUCUGGAGAUUCUACUGUCAGUUAUCCGGUUCGGUGGUCAGGGCUUCGUCAAGACUGCAAGGAGCAAUGGGGUGAGGCGCACGCAAAACAGGGAGCUUGUAGAUCGUGUUGAGAAAGUCUUACCAGCUCAGGCUCAGGCGACGUACAUGGAUGUUCUCCUCGAACUCCUCCUCAGAUAUCUGCAGUCGGAGCCUUCCACGCGUUUUGCGAGGAGUUUAGGUCCGUGGAGCAAUGUGAUUCAAGCCACAACGAUCGAUCUGCUACAAUCAUUAGUGGCAAGAGGAGAGUUCGACAACGUGUCUAUUCAAACUGUCGAAUCCGCCGUGGUCGGAAAGCUCUACGCUACAGUUCACCUCGUUCGUCUUGAUCUACAAAACAAACUCCUGCAUCUCCUUCACUCUAUUGUUGCUUCUUCUGACGUCGGCACCUAUCACUCCGGUAACCCAAGGGACGAUCCCAGCGAUGCUCAAGGUACUAAGGAUCCGUCGAUGGAGCCCCCGGUCCCCAGUUACACGAUCAAUCAACUUCUGAUACAAACGCUGGUUGACGGCAUUAGUAUUCCUACCAACCGGCCUGUUUUGCAACAUUGGCUGGACUUCAUUCUCACUACUAUUCCCCAGUUCGAUCGUCCGUUCAAACCCGCGAUAGCUCCGUUGAAUGAUUGCGUCUGUCGCCAGUUGCAGUCCGCCCUAACAGAUCUCAUCCAGGCCUCGGGGUCGAAUGAUGCCGAUACUGUAGAUCUUGCUUCCUCAACGACGGACUCGGAAGUCCUGAUGUUUUGCAACGUGUUGGAGCGUCUAGUGCUCCUUAGUUUGGAUCGCCCCGUCGGUGUGAACCAGCCUGAAGACGAGAUGCCAGAGAAAGGGCAGCAAGAAUCCAGUGGUCUUCUCGGCUACAUGUCGAACGUCUUCAGCUCAGAUAAUAUGUCUAAUCUACCUGAAGAGCAUUCAGCGGCUCGUUCAACAGGCUACCGUUGCCUCCAUGAAGCAGUCCGAACGCUGUACUCACUCUGGGUCGCAAUGGUAUGGACAGCACCUGUAUCCCUUAGCCCCAAAGAUCAUACCCUGGUUGUGAUCUAUAAUCGCUCUCGGACGCGGUGCAGGAGGGUGCUAGAGCAUAUAUUCCGUGCCCAGUCGUCGGAAGUCCUCGAAUCGAUUGUAGACUGCUGGAGCAAAAACUGUGUCACCCCACUGGCCCUUCAAGUGUGGAGUCGUGUGUUGCAGUUAGCUAGGGAGAUCAUGAACAACAUUCGCGAAACGAAGUCCCAGGCGUUCCCUAUUCUGAGAUGCGUCGUCGUCAUGGGGGACAAACUCGUGCAGACCUUUGCGACAGAGGAUCGCCGCGUUCGGAAGGACAUACAGGACACCUUUUCAAAGUUGCUCGAUACAUGUUUGACCAUCGCCAGCCGGACUUCAGAUCAAGGGACAUGGAUAAGACGUGCCCCGAAGGAAUCUUUGACUGUCAAUGGCAGGGACUCUCCUAUUCCACGAUGCAUCUUAUCCACGCGACUGCAGAUACAUGCGUUCCUCGCCAGUUCGGUCAUUCCCGACCUUCGCAAGUUGCUAUUCGAAACGGACAAAGUAUCUACAGCCUGCAGCAACAUCGCAUAUUACGUGAUUAGUCCCGCCAUGAAGGGUAAACAAAGGCCCUUGGAUAUCGACCCUGCUGUCCUAGACAUCAUUCGUCAGAUGACAAGGAUUCAAUCUGCCCUGAAAGCUUGGCGAGGUCCCGUUGUCGAGGCACUGAAUGACAAUAGAUUUUUCAACUCAUCGCCGGAGGCCGGUUCAAAAUGGAAAGACAUUAUCAAGGCACUCUUUGACGCUGACCGCGCUGCGUUCGCUGAACUCAUGAGCAAAGUGGCUACAGCAUCAUCGACGACGCUGUUCACUAACCGAGAAUACGAAAACCUUCUGCGUUCGCUCAACCUUCGCCGGUUGUCCUACGCCCUGUAUGCUGCGGACAAAAAUCACUUCCUAACCCAGUUACCAUCUAUACAGGAGAAGCUGGUGGAUGUCCUGAGGAACUCUCCGGCGCCUGUGAUCCAGAGUGAAGUCUACCUAUGCGUUCGAGUCCUCCUCUGUCGCUUGUCGCCGCACAACCUUACAAGUUUCUGGCCUGUGAUCCUGACGGAACUGUCUUCCUUGCAGUACCGCCUAUUUGACCAAGCUAUCACGAGCCUACCCUCAGAUGGGUCUGAAGAACUGUCUCUGAUCUUAUCAGCGAGCAAAUUCUUAGACUUAUUGCUCGUGCUGCAGACGGAGGAGUUCCAAAUCCACCAAUGGGUGUUUAUUACUGACACCGUCGACGCCGUCUUCCGACCUGACAAUUGGACGUCCGAGGCUCUGGUCGAUAUACUGGGUGAAGUCGCGGGCGACCUUCCCGUGGCUGAGGUACGUAUAUGCUCGACUGCAAGGCAUGACUUUGUUCAAUCUUCGUCACAGACAAAUGGGUCGCAGUCUAUGAUCAGUCAUCCCGCAAGCACACCCCUCACUGAACCCCGGCCCAUGCGGCGGCCCAUGCUGAACUCGAUACGGCAGAUCGACAGUAUCCGCGAUUUGGUGCCGUUCUUCUCGCAUGUGAGCAUAGCGUCGUACGAGAGCAUGUACGCCAGCGGCGGCAACGUCGACUGGGAAGCGGUAGAGCGCGGUCUCGUAGAAGACAUGUUUGACGGACGGUAG